UACUACUCAGGGUUUUUUCAAGCCUCUGUUCCAUGUCCUCUUUCCAGGUCUGGAUGAUUCCCGGAACACAGCGAGGCUCGCUUGGAGAAUGAUCUGUGACGGUUGUGUUAUGAAAUAACUAAAUCUUUAGAUAAGGUUCCCCCAAUUCUUCUGUGAGACCGGGGCUGCCAGUGGCUGCUCAAGUUAAUAAAUCCAGACCAUGUGAUGUCAACCAGGCAUCGGCUAAAGUUAUAGAAGACGGGCAAGACAUGAGAAAGGAUCUAACCUCGGACAGAACCAGUGACCUCCGAAUCGGGCAGCCACAUACCCGUGACAACCAAGAUGGUAUAGCUUGUGCCAAACAACUCAAAGAAAUUGGGUCACACCAAACAUUGAUAAAUGGACUUUGCACAACUCUUGGUAAUGAUAAUAAAUACAGGCUACCCACGCGAACUUCAUUUGGUCCCGUCCAAAGCGGGUUCCAGAUUGGGGCUUUCGCCUCUACUCCCCUAUGCCAUUCUCCACAUGGCAGAGGUCACAUUUUAAUGUCUACCACUGUUCAGACUGUGAAUGAUAUCUCUGCUUUGGAUGUGGAUUCCAGCUCCGAUUUGUCUAUUUUAGCUGACUGGGAAGAAGCUGCCGUGAUAGAGGACUCUCAGCAUGAGGGUUCUGCAAAUCUGGAGGAACCAGCUCUAUUACCAGUAGAUUCACCAUCAACUGCUGUCUUACUGCUUAAAAAUGAGUGGGAAAAUGGGAAAAGCUGCCACUCAAUGGACAGUGUUGGGGCUGCAAAUCUCCAUUCUAAAUCUGUUGUAUACAAGAGUCCGUACACCACUAUUUAUAAUUUUAAUAUGAAGAAACCAGCAUCUAAUGGGUCAGCCUUUAAACUACCCAGUGCUAUGAGGAAUAGAGCAAGUAUGCCAGCUUCAUCAACUGAGCAAAUGAGCAAGACGACCACACUGUUGGAUUACUUUCCAAAAAGGAAACUUUCUAGUGUAAGCUUCUGCUCUCCCCCCAAGAAACGUUCCUUUACCAUACAUGAAGAUCAAGGUAACCGCUCUUUACCAGUGACUAUUCGUGGAUCGUCACAUAAGGUUUUAAACUCGAUAGCUAACUUAAACGGAACAAAAUUCCAUCGUAUUACGGCCCCGAUGUGCCAUUGUGGUCGCAGGGCGAAAAAACUCACUGUUUCUAAUUUAGGCCCCAACCAUGGCAGGGUCUUUUACAGCUGCUCCGUGCGAAAGAGAAACGAUGACAGCGGCAAAGGCUGUAACUACUUCAAGUGGGAGGACACACUUCUGAAAGAGAAGUCGGCAGACAUGUCAGCCUUCCUGUCCACCAGCGAAAUAUGCACUUCUAAUAAGAGUUUGAUUUCUACAGGAUCUUCUGCUGUGCCCAAGCCAUUUCUUAAGCUAAGACCAUCGAUGAGAACUUGAUCUUCAAAGUCUUUACCAGGAUCAUGGCCUGCAGUGAUUUCUAUAUAAUAUGAAUUGUAGUAUUUGGAGAGGUGGCCUGUGGAUUCAUGUUAGAGGCGCUCUAUAAAGCCUCUACAUCCACUAUAAAGGGGAUAGCAUACAUUACUUGUAUUUAUGAUCACUGAUUAUGACUGAUGAGUAAAUAUUGUGCAUCUAAAAAGAACAAAAAUAGUUUAGACUUUGGACAUCU